CACACACACACACACACACACACACAAACACACAGCUCAAAGUACAGAUAGAAGUGCAUACACACAUGCACAUAAGCACACUGCACUAGAUGAUCUGAUUGUUAUGUAGAGGUUUUUGUGUGUGUAACUCUAAUAAUGAGAGACACUUCAUAUAAUGAAGAGCAUGAUGACUUCAAUGACACCAGAGACAACACUGCUUUCUGGAGGAAAGAGCGCUUCAGCAUGAUUGCAGCUUCCCCUGUUCGCUCUCGAUGGUGUGUGUGUGUGUUCAUUGUUUUUGCCAUUCUGCUGCUGGUAAUUAUCAUCUCCAUCUCUUUAACCAAGAUGAAUGUGGACAGGAGGAUCUCAGCUGUAGAAGGUGAUGUGAAGAAUUUGAGUCAGUCUUUAGUGACACUCAUAAACAAGAUCCAGCAGCUGGAAAACCACGGAGCUGAUGUUGUUCAGAGUGUUAAUAGACUGAGACUCAACUUGAACAGACUGCAAACUCAGGCCCAAGACGUCAUCACUAAGGUAGACAACAUCCAGGAAGCUGUAACUCAUCUGAAAUGUCGCUUCAACACUCUCCAAAACAACAACACCCAGCAGCAGUGUUGUCCAUCAGAUUGGCAGCUUUUCUUUUCAAACUGUUAUUAUUUUUCUGAUGAUGGAAAGUCAUGGAAUGAAGCUCGAGACAUGUGUGUAAGCAUGAAAGCAGAACUACUGAUCCUGAAGAGCAAAGAGGAGAGGGAGUUUGUGAUAAAGAACACCAUGCCUUUUUUUUACUGGCUUGGUCUGAGUGAUGAGAGAACAGGAGAGUGGGAGUGGCUAGAUGGAACACCGUACCAGAUGGACCGCAGAGAAUGGAAGCCUGGUCAGCCUGAUAACUGGCAAUUACAUGGUCUGGGUGGAGGAGAAGACUGUGCACACUUCCACAAUGAUGGACGAUAUAACGAUGAUCACUGCUCUCGAAAUUACCGUUUUGUUUGCAAAUCACAUGCAUACACAGUGUGAGAACCCUAACCCUAACCCUAACCCUAAUACAACACAGACACUCACUUUGAAUGGGAAUUAGCUAAGAGCUAAUAAACUGCUUAUAAACUGCUCAAUCCCACCAGUGACCACAAGGAGGCACACUCAUGCUUUAAAUAUUCGAAAUGAUUAUUUACUUUAAGAUUCAGUUUCAUUGGUGAUUAUGUUAAAGAUUCAUGUUAAAAUGUAGUUCUAUUCUGAAUGUCCAUCCUAACAUCAUUGGAUUUAAUUGUGUAUAUGACUUGUGUAUGUUCCGAUUAAAUCAGAGAAGGCAUUAUA